GGGAGGUAUAUGAUAACAUUAGGCAUUCUUCUCAGCUCAUCGCGUGAAAAAAAAAAAAAAUGCAUGUAGGUGAAGAGUCUCUGCAGUGCAUUUGCCCGGCUACAGUGGCGCAGGCUUUCACAUCAACUCCCCUCAUCUUACCCUGGUCUCGUAUGUGUGGAAACCGAGCUCCAUCGACAUGAACUCGCUCUCAUCGCCGACCGAGACCAAGAUGCCUGUUUGCGCAAAAGUCAUCUUUAAUUCUCUUUCAGUCCAAUGAACCUAAUCGCGCCGGCCAAUGUAGCCGUCUGGUGCUCAGUUCUGCGUUUUGUUUACGGGAUUGUUGUCUGCUUUAGUACAUUUACCUUUGGACUGGCCACAAGCAUCUCCACAUCAGUCGGAUCAAAGAAGAGAUUCGACUUUUUUUCAUCCGGGAGUGAGGGAUAAUAUGUCAAGACGCAAACAGACCAACCCUUUCAAAGUGAAUUGGCCUUUUCACACGACUGGGUUGUCCGGCCCGCAGCACACUUUUGAGAUGGAUGCUAGAGAUGACUUCAUUGAGGACGGGGAAUGCCAUAGCAACAACUCACAGGAACCUGAAGAGCAAGACAGCACAAGUGACGACGGUGAUAGUGAUUUUGAUAAAGACGACUCCUCAAAUGCCUCUGCUGAUGACAGCAUGACGAGUAAUAAGAGCAGCCACUGCCCCAUACUACACGAUGACGUCAAGGAGGAGAAUGAGGAGGGGAUAGACCAAGGGGGCAGUUUUGCAUGUCCUCUUUGUUCCCUGGAGUUCAGCAGCCCAGAUCAGCUCAUCGCACACGUCUACCAGCACACAGCUGUGGGUGGCAGUAAGAGUUAUAUCUGUCCUGUUUGUGGAAGAGCUCUCAGUUCUCCAGGCUCUCUUGGUCGCCAUCUUCUCAUCCAUUCAGAGGACCGACUGUCCAACUGUGCCGUAUGUGGGGCUCGCUUCACAGACACCAACAACUUCAACAGGGAAAAGCUGAAGGAGUUCCUCGACACAAGCAGUAUAGAGAUCAACAGUGAGGGUGAGGCCUGUGCCAUGUCCAACUCUUUACCCAGAAGCACCAUGACUAACCCAAACACAAAUCCUGGUCCUGGACUGACCUCAUUGCCAGAUGGUCUUCUACCUUCUGCACCUCCUCUUCCCUCAAUUUCUGAUAGCCUCAGUCCUUCCAGCACAGGACUUCCGCCUCUUCCAGACCUUAUGAACCCUAUGCCCGUGUACCCAGCUGGAGUUUUGUUGGUCUGCAACAGCUGCAUAGCCUACCAGCAGCUUGUGGAUGCCCAGUCGCCAUCCAUGCGGAAAUGGGCGAUCCGUAGGAAGAACGAACCCGUAGAGGUGCGGAUUCAGCGGCUUGAACGGGAACGAACGGCCAAGAAGACCAAGCGCGCAUGUGAGUCACCAGAGGAGCGGGAGAUGCGCCGCUUACGAGACCGUGAGGCAAAGCGUUUGCAAAGGAUGCAGGAGACGGACGAACAGCGGGCACGUCGUCUGCAGCGAGACCGGGAGGCCAUGCGACUCAAGCGGGCCAACGAGACGCCCGAGAAGAGGCAGGCAAGACUAAUCCGUGAGAGGGAGGCCAAGAGGCUAAAACGGCGCUUGGAGAAGAUCGACCCGUCGCUGAGAAACCAGAUCGAGCAUGACCCUGCUGCGAUGGCUGCGCUCACUGCUGAUAUGAGUCUAUUCCAGUUUUCCUUUCCCAUGUCCGUCCCUUCCAUGGACAAUGGACUGUUUAUGAAGCUUCCCUAACAAGCACAGCUCCAAACACCUCUCA